CUAACUGCAAACUUAGCGGACACAGCAACAACAAAAUUAAGGUGGGCUUUACUGUGUGUGUCGCGGCGGGCUAACUGUAAAUUGUACACGCCGUGUUGCGCCUUCACCCAAGGGUGCACGGAACAGUGCCACCCUCCUUGAAUAAACUUUCCAUCCCAAUCGUGCGCUGUGUGUGAAAAUCACACAGAAAAACAAGCGCAGAGUUUUAGUUUUUAUUCGCAACAGCCAUUUGCUUAGUGCCACAGCAAAGCCGCGGGCGUGGCGUCCACGGACACGGACACGGCCAGGGACACAGAGACAGCCAGCAGCAGGGGCAGCCGUAGCAGCAGCUGCCGUUGCAACGGGACUAUUUCACAUUUUGCUCUGCCAGCACUGUUAAUUUGUCGUGCAUUUGCAGCAACUGGGAAAAACAACUGCGAAAACUUCAGCUCGCAAAAAAUAGAAAAUAGUUUUUGUUUAGCUCCUCACACAUCUCCAGCAAUGAGCUGAGAUGCAUGCGGAAUCUUUGUCAAGUGAAAGCAAACGAAACGCUGAGCAAUUAACGGAUUAAACAAGGACGCGAACGGGAACACAGAGCAGAGGAGCUGGAAAAGAUUUCGGGAAUCGGCGCCAACAGCAUCUACGGCUCAUCGGGCGUGUCCUCCCCUCUCCCGCCUACAGACGGCGUCUCUGUGUACGUAUUUCUUCGGUCCCUUUGUAAGGUAGUCAGAAUGUUAGAGCGGGCUGCGCAUGGUGCAAAUUGUGGCAGUUGAAGUACUUGUGGUCGGUCGGGCGAAGCAGCAGCAGGAGCACUUGUAUUCGUAUUCCAAUAUAUAUGCAUAUAUAUCUAUAUCUGGGCAACGUGGCAUAGAGCGAACGUUUUGGGACAGAGACACACACAAGCUCACCUCAGCUCAGCUCAGCUCAGUCACUGGCGCUGGCACUGGCACUGGCACUGGGAGCGCUUCAGUUGUGUGAGGAGGUAUGCAAAUAAACGGUCUUGCUGCCGGACCAACCAUGGCCGCAUCAGAGCCACCAGAGCCGCCGCCACGCAAUCCGGAUCGCAUAAAUGCCUCUCUGCACAAGCUGGGCGAAUCCAAAAUUGUCAAGUCGCUGGACUCGAGUGUGGGUGCGCUCAAAGAGAAGUCCGUGAACAACAACAAGCCGGUGAAGCCGGUGCUCUCCCUGGACAACAACACCACUAGCACAAGCAGCAGCCAACAGUUUGGGAUUGCCUCGUCGACCUCGUCCUCGGCGCCAGCUGGACCCACACUAAAGCAGCCGAGCCUGUUGGCAGGCAAACGGGAUCUAACACCCAACGCCUCCUCCGUCUCCGACAGCAGCUCCCCGGCCAGCUCGAAUGGGAGCAAUCAGACGCUCACGCCACCCAUGACCAUCGACAACCAGAAUCGCUUGGCCGCCAAGGGCGACACAUUGGGACAAGCAGGACAGGCACCAGCGCAGGCGAUUGGCCAACCACAGUCGCAAUUAAUGAAUGGCAGCAGCGCCAACUCCAUCUGCAUCAGCAGCACCAGCAGCACCACCAUAUCCACGGCAGCCAUGAUCCAUGCGAAUAACUCAAAUAUGAUUGCCGCAGGUCACUUGGCGCAGGUCAACCCAGCCAGCAGCAGCAACAGCAACAGCAACAACAGCAACAGCAACAACAGCAGCAGCAGCCAGCUCAGCGCCGUCGACAAGAGAAAUGCGAAUGAUGUUUGCUCGAUUGCAAAAUUAAUGGAACCGGAGCUGGCAGCGGUCGCCGCUGCCUCAUUACCUACUACGGCUACUGCUGCAACUACUACAAAAGCAAAGACAAUGAAAAUAAAAUCCGCAAUGGCCAUGCCCGUGCCCGUUCCCAAGCCAGUGGCAUCCCCCACGUGCUCACUGGCAGCACAUUCCCCAACAUCCGCUGCAUCCGCCGCGCUGCUGAUGCUAGAGGCAACCACGACCAGCAGCGCUCACGAUGGCAAUCGCAAUGACGAGUCAAAGUUCACCUUUCGCUCAGAGGCGGCCAUGAAGCUACGCGAGGAGAACGAGCGCCUGAAUGCGGAGCUAGUGCGUCUGCGCCGGCUGCUCGAGCACUCGACGGACGGUGCCGUGGGCGGAGCUGAUCCCGGAGCCGACUCGGGGGCACACGAUGGCCACAGCGUGACGGCGUCGCAGGAGCGCGUGGAACGACUGGAAACGGAGCUGCGCAGCGUGAAGAAUCAGCUGCUCACCAUGCGGCUGGAGCGGAAGAAGCUGCGCACAGACAAAUCGGAUCUGCUGGGCCAGGUGAAGCAGCUGUGCGCCUCGCUGCAGGAGAAGGAGCAGGAGCUGCGCGACUUCAUACGCAACUACCAGGAGCGUGUGCGCGAGACUGAGUCAACCAAUGCCAAGAUCUCGGGUGAUCGCGACCGAGAGCGCUUCCAGCUGCUGAAGCAGGCGCGCGACGAGGCCGAGCGCUCCCUGGCCCUGGCCCAGCAGCUGUCGGCGCGGGAUCUGCAGCUGCAGCGCCUGCAGGAGCAGCUGCAGGAGGCGCGCCGUCAGCUCACCGGCUGCCUCUCCGACCAGGAGAGUCUACAUUCCUUUGCGCCGCUAACGCCGCCCUCGGCCGCCUCGGGAAUGCUCAGCCAGCUGGCUGGCGGCUCUGGGCUGGCGGGCAACCUGAGCGGCAUGCGCACAGCCGAGGACAGUGGGCGUGGCAACUCGAAUUCAUUGUCCGCCUUCAGCGGCAGCCUGAGCGGCGGCUCCGGCGCCACAGUGGGCGACCGCAACUCCUGCUCGAACGACUCGGGCCUGCGCAACAGCAGCGAUCGGGAGAGCACCGGCGGCGAGCUCAACUUCAGCGACGGCACUUGCGACAACGGACCCUGCAUCACCGUCGACCCCGACAGCAUCUCUCUAGUCUCCAGCCAAAAUAUGUAUCAAUUUGGCACUCCCAAGGAGCGCAGCCCCACACUUUCGCCUCUCAAUUCCGGCGCCUACUCCAGAUCUGUGGAGCAGCUCUCGCCGGAUGCCGAGGGACCCGGCGGCGCUGGCGCCAUGACCCGCAAGUUCGGCAACAAGAGCGGACCACUGGGCGCACGCAACGGACGCGGCGGCACCUGGGGCAGCAUCUCGCGCGUGUUCGCACGCUCCAGGAACAAGAGCAAGGCCAUGUCCGCCGACGGGGUGAGCGAGUACAGCGACUACUCGUGGAAUCCGCUGUCCGAGGAGGGCUAUGCCGAGAAGCUGCGCCUGCUGCGCGAGGCCUCCCAGCUGCCCAUCGAGCGCUGGCGAGCCACUCAAGUGCUGGCCUGGCUGGAGGUGGCGCUGGGCAUGCCCCAGUAUAGCGCCCGCUGUGCGGAGAACGUCAAGAGCGGCAAGGUGCUGCUCGAGCUGAACGACGUGGAGCUGGAGGCGGGCCUGGGUCUGGCGCAUCCCAUGCAUCGCAAAAAGCUGCGCCUGGCCAUCGAGGAGCAGCGCCGCCCCGAGCUGGUGCGCUAUCCGCUAAUCACCCAGCUGGGCCACACCUGGGUGGCCUCCGAGUGGCUGCCGGACAUCGGCCUGCCCCAGUACGCGGAGCCCUUCCUGCAGUCCCUGGUCGAUGCGCGCAUGCUGGACACGCUCUCCAAGAAGGAGCUGGAAAAGUUUCUGGGCGUGACGCGAAAGUUCCAUCAGGCCAGCAUAGUACAUGGCAUCCACGUCUUGCGCAUCGUUAAGUACGACCGACAAACGCUGGCCAUGCGGCGCGUGCAGUCGGAGACCGUGGACACCGAUCCCAUUGUGUGGACCAACCAGCGCUUCAUACGCUGGGUGCGCUCCAUCGACCUGGGCGAGUACGCGGAUAACUUGAAGGACAGCGGCGUUCAUGGCGGUCUGGUGGUGCUGGAGCCAUCAUUUUCGGGCGACACCAUGGCAACGGCUCUGGGCAUUCCGCCGUCGAAGAACAUAAUACGACGGCAUCUAAACACGGAAUUCGAUGCUCUCAUCCUGCCCGCAAGAGCAACUUUGGGUCAAGGCAUUCGUUCCGGUUGCGGCAUAGUGCCCCUAACUGGACCCGGCGGACUGCAGCACUAUGCCACAACAGAUCGGCGAUCGAGCGGCAGCUUGCGGAUUUCGGCAUGGAAAGGAUCUCAGAGUUCUCUGUCAAAAGCCUUUCGCUUCAACAGCAAACCCCAUCGCGCCGGCGAUCGCAGCUCCUUCGGUAACUCCACCUCCCCAACGCCAUCGUACAGCAGCAGCGAGGGCGGCGGAGGAAUAUAUGCUACCAUAGGUCCGCAGCAGAUGCAAAUGCAAGCGCAUCAUCACGCGCAUCAGCCGCAUCAUUAUCUGCCGCCACCCACGACCGCACCGCCGCCGCCACCACCGGGCUCCAGCUACGGCCCCCCGCCGCCCGGGCAUCGGGUGAGCGCCCCACCCCUCGCCAGCAUCCUUGAUAGCCACGGACUGGACUCGCAUCUGCUCUAUGAGCAGAACAGCCGCCGCGUGAAGAGCAUCAGCGACAUAGGCGUGGCAGCCAGCGGCAGUCUGGGCGGCAUAUCCGCAUCAUCGGACUCACCUGAAGCAUGAGCAUGAGCCGUGUAGGGUCUUCAAGAUUUCAUUUCAUACAUGUUCCAAAGUGAUAGGUUUAAGAGUCGAGAUAGAAUUUGGAGUUCAGCAGCUCCUCAUCCGUUGAUGGCUACCAUGACCCACCUGUAAAGGCGUUAAGGUGAACAUUACGCAACACAUACAUAUAUCAAGUCAGCAACAAACACAACACUAAACAUAAUUGAUUAAAUCAGAAUUCCAACAGAACAAACUCAUAAUUUAUUAAAUAACACAUACGAGAAGUAAGUUCUAUGCACGCAAUUACGUAAGACAGAAUAGUAAACAUUUAAUUAAUUGAAUUAAUUAACCACAGAGCGCGUUGGUUGUUUGCCGUAAACCAACUCCAACUACAAACAAUUUAACUUUAUUAGCCUAAUCAAAUCUGUAUUAAUUGUAAAUUCAUUUGGAAAUUAUAUUUAAUUAUCAAAGCAAACUGCGAGAACGUAAAAUGGAAAAUGCAAAUCGCAAAUUGCAAGUUGUGAACUGCGAGUGGCUAUAAAUUAAAGUCCCCUGGCAUCGGAUUUGAAUUAAUACCCCAAACUAACCAUAAUUGCAAUUUAGAUAAAUUCAAAUUAUUUUGUUAAGCGCCCCAACUAACUAAACUAACUAACGUAGCUAAGCAAUUGUGAAACCCAAUUCAAUUCGUAUCGUGCAAAUUGUAAAUGGCUAUAAAUCUAGGUUUAGCAUACAAAUAUUUAAUUCCCGCAAUUCUAUGUAAAAGCUCCAACACAAAUUAAUUCAGGCAAAAGAUAAAACUUAAUCCGCAAUAGUGAAAGAAUAUUUAUAUAUAUAAAUCUGAUAUCCUUCCUACCUAUACAACUCCUAAAGCAUAUAUUGUAUCAAUAAUAUGAGAUGUUUAUUUUUAAGCAGACCAAUUUAACUCUAGCAUUACAGGUAAUAUAAACGAAUAAACGAAUGAUUGAAAACGUGUUUAA